CGGUGGAGGCUGCAGCUGGGUUCCGGGCGGCUCCGGGGCCUCAGCAGGGGUGCCGGCCCUUCUUCCCUGGUACACUGCCCUUAGGUGACGGGUCUCCUCUCAGGCUCUGCUUUUCUUUGUGGUCUUCUGCUGCCACCAGCCGGCUCCCACACCUGCUGUCCUGUUCUUCUCUGCUUCAGAGCUUCUGCUUACUGGCACCUCUGCCUGGGUGAAGCCUGCCUGUGGCCUGCGUUUCCACGCAGACCUCGUAGAGAACUGCCUUGUUACCAUCAGUGCUCUUUGCCAGCUAUCUAAGUAAACUAGCCUUAUAGCCUCCAAUUCAGGUGUUUGGGAGGGAGGCUAGCCAGCUCCUCCCUCUCCAAACAGACCGUCACCAGCCACUGAGCAGGAAUUUGGCCCUGGUCUUUGGACCGGCUCUUCCUAGCGCAGGUGAAGAAGUGUUCAUCGUCAAGUUUCUGUGUGUGCCAGACACUCCUGUAGCCCUUGGGGACAGAGCAGCAAACAGGACAGAUGGCUCAUCUCCCCUCACGGAGUGUGUAUUCUAGUAGGGGAAUCAGUAAGCAAAGCAGAUUUGUAUUGUUUGUGCAGCGAAGGACACAGCAACAGAGAAGAUGGCACGUGACAGCGUGGGAGUGGGCAGACGCUUUAUCUCGUCCCAGAAGUCCUUUGAGGAGCGGGAAACUGGUGUCUCCAAAGUGGAAGAAUUUCAAGGGCCUGAAGCUGCAGUGGAGGGACAAGAUCCGGCUCAAUAACGCCAUCUGGCGGGCGUGGUACAUCCAGUAUCUGGAGAAGCGCAGCAACCCCGUCUGCCACUUCGUCACCCCGCUGGACGGCUCCGUGGACGUGGACGAGCACCGCCGGCCAGAGGCCAUCACCACGGAGGGGAAGUACUGGAAGAGCCGCAUUGAGAUUGUGAUCCGGGAGUAUCACAAGUGGAGGACCUACUUCAAGAAAAGGUUACAGCAGCACAAGGAUGAGGACCUCUCCAGCCUGGCCCAGGAUGACGACAUGCUUUACUGGAGCAAACAUGGGGAUGGAUGGAAGACCCCCGUCCCAAUGGAGGAGGACCCACUGCUGGACACGGAGAUGCUCAUGUCGGAGUUCAGUGACACGCUGUUCUCCACCCUCUCCUCACACCCGCCGGUGGCCUGGCCCAACCCCCGGGAGAUAGCCCAUCUGGGGAACGCAGACAUGAUUCAGCCGGGGCUGAUCCCUCUGCAGCCCAACCUGGACUUCAUGGACACCUUCGAGCCUUUCCAGGACCUCUUCUCCUCUAGCCGCUCCAUUUUCGGCUGGAUGCAGCCAGCACCUGCCUCAGCACCUGCCCCAAAUCCCAGCAGCCCACCUGCUCAGGAGAACAUCCUGCCCGCCGCUACCCUCCCCGCCGUGAGCCUGCCCGACAGCCUCAUCGCGUCCCCCGCAGCCGCUGCCCUGGACCCCGCAGACAGGCCGGGCUGUGAAGGCGCCUCCCGGCCUCGGGACCCCUUCACGCAGCCCAUAGACUUCGGGACCCCCACACCCCCACCCGCAGUCCCGCCGUCUUUCCACCCCGUGUUCAACGUGCCCACGCUCUCGCCCACCCCUGCCCCGCCGCCUGCAGCCCCUGCAGUGCCGCUGGCCCCUCCUCCUGCCUCAGCUCUGAACUCCCCAGCCCCACCCACCUUCCUGCAGCCACAGAAGUUCUCUGGAGCCAGCAAGUCCCCCGCUGUCGCCACCCACACGGCCUCCGCCACCCUUCCGCAGGGCACCUCUGCCCCCACCUUCAGCCCCAGCCAGGGCCUGGUCAUCACCACGCACCACCCCACCCCCGCAGCGCCCGCCCAUGGCCUGGCACUGUCCCCACUCACCCAGCCACCAGCUGUGGGGCCUCCCCAACCCUGUUUAACUUUUGUGCAUCCCAAGCCUGUGUCCUUGACUGGAGGGAGGUCCAAGCAGCCCCCCAAAAUAGUGCCUGCUCCCAAACCAGAGCCUGUGUCCCUGGUACUGAAGAACGCUUGCAUCACCCAAGCUGCCUUUUCGGGACAGCCACCCACGGUGAUCAUGACAGGCCCUCUGAAGAGAGAAGGGGCGCUGGCCUCCUCCGCGUCCCAGUCCAGCGUGCUCAUCACGCCUGCGCCCAUCGCCCGGGCUCCCGGAGUCACCGAGUUCCACGGCAGCAUCUUGGUGACAGACCUGGGCCAUGCCACUGGCAGCCCACCCGCCCCCGUCUCCCGGCUCUUUUCUCAAGGUCCAGUGCAGGACACCCUGGGGAAGGGCGAGCAGGCCCCACUGCACGGUGGCGGCCCCCAGGUCUCGGUCCCUGCCGCAGUUCCCAGUUGUGACGGCGCGAGCUCAGGGCAGGCCUCGCCGUGCACGUCAGAGCACAGCCCCAGCCCCCAGUCCCCCCAGAACAACUGCUCAGGGAAAGGCUCUGCAGACCCCAAGAACGUGGAUGUGCUGAAGAACCGGCAGAUGAAGCACAUUUCAGCCGAGCAGAAGAGGCGCUUCAACAUCAAGAUGGGCUUCAACACCCUCAACAGCUUGAUCGCCAACAACUCCAAGCUGACCAGCCGCGCCAUCACGCUGCAGAAGACGGUGGAGUACAUCACCAAGCUGCAGCAGGAGCGCGGCCAGAUGCAGGAGGAGGCUCGGCGGCUGCGGGAUGAGGUCGAGGCGCUCAACGCCACCAUCAUCUCCUGCCAGCAGCUGCUGCCUGCCACAGGAGUCCCUGUCACCCGGCGCCAGUGUGACCACAUGACAGACAUGUUUGACGAGUAUGUGAAGAGCCGGACCCUGCAGAAUUGGAAGUUCUGGAUUUUCAGCAUCAUCAUCAAGCCACUGUUUGAGUCCUUCAAGGGGGCGGUGUCCACCAGCAGCCUGGAGGAGCUGCACCGCACAGCACUGUCCUGGCUGGACCGCCAUUGCUCCCUGCCCAUCCUUAGGCCGACCGUGCUGAGCACCCUGCGCCACCUGAGCACCACCACCUCCAUUCUGACGGACCCGUCCCAGCUGCCCGAGCAGGCGGCGCAGGCUGUCACCAGGAUCGGCCAGAGGCCCGGGGAGUCUUAGCAGCGCUUGGACGGCGUGUGUGCACAGGACACCGCGGGCACCCACCCUGCCUGUGGAGUGGAGGCUGCGCCUGCGCCUCUCCAGUUGCAGAGCCUCGGGGCUGCCUUCCGAUGCCGCCGGCCCAGCGGGCCGAGGGCACCACGCUCAGGCCUGAAGCAGGUUUGGGUCCUGCAGGUGGCAGUAGCCCGUCGUCGGAGCCCCUUGCUGUAAUCUGGCCCUCGGCGACCUCAGUCACAGCCUCCCCUGCCCGUGGGCAGCCCAGACAGAGGAGGCCUCCGCAGUUCCAGCGCUGCCCGCUGGUCUGCCAGGCCACACCUGCUUCUGCAGUCAGAGAACUCGGGUCCUUUCCCAGUGCCCGUCUGUCCCGUCCUGGGCCCGGGCCGGCUCUGAAUGACGCUGCACGGGCCCGGUGCGCCCCAGACAGUUGGGAGGUCUCUCUCUUCCUCCCCCCAUCCCUGACCUUGUGACAGACUUG